UUGAAAGUUUAGUAAUGCAAAGUUUAUUAGUUAGGUGCAUGUAUGUUGUUUGUGCGAAGUUAAAAAGAACUUCGACCGGUUGAAUAAAUUUGGAACACUAUGUAUCAUUCCGGCUAAUCCACGAUCCAUGGAUGGACAUGUACAUUUUUGGAAUCACACGAGUGUUGAUCAAGAGUGACCUUUGGACGUUGAAGUGGACAUGGUUUCAUUAUCCAAUCCUUUGUCGCUCGUGAUCGCUGGUCUUUAGGUAAAAUAGUACACCCGAAGUAUCGGCGCAAAGUUUCUUUCAAAGUAUUUGCGUUUGUCUGAAACAAAAUGAACCUUGGACUAUAAAAAACUGUAGAAAUUAUGAAUACUCUUCUCUAUAUUGCUCACAGUAGAUAUCGUUUUAUCGUCAUGUUUUUACUUGUUGACAUCUUUCUUUGGUGUCUUGGACUGUGGAAGGAAAUUGUGAUUCGAACCUUGAAUGUCUAUAUUUGGAUUAUUACAAGAUGGUUUUAUCAGUUGCCUCAUUUGUGUAUUACUUUAGAAGAUAUUGGAUUUGUACAAGCAUACAAUGUUGUAGUGAAAUGGAAAAAUAGUGUUUUACUUAAUGCAGAGAAGCUGACUAUGAAGUUAGAGUUCUCAGAGUGGAGAUCAUUGUCCUUCAAACUUCAAGUCACAAACCUCCAUAUGGUGGCCAACUCUUUUGAAGCUAUUUUCAGUUUCACUCUAUUUUGGAGGAUUUUUCCACUGCACUCAACAUCAACUGGUCUUGAGCAUAACACUGAGAUACAAAAUAGGAUAAAUCUUCAAAUAAAAAGGCUUCAGGCAACCAGUGGUAAAAUAAUAUUAAAGUGUAAGAAAAAUGGUCAAACUGCAAAAGGGUCUCCAAAGAUUGUUUUUAAGAUCAAAGCAGCAGAAGCAGUCUUUACAGUAGGCACAGGAAUUUUUAUCAUCAAUGGAAGAGCAAAUAAAGUUAAUUGUAAUUUAAAAGGAAGACGAAGUACCUCAAGCCAUAGAGAUCAUCUAAUUGAGAUGUCAUGCUUAAGGCUUAAGCUUGUAUUCCCUAAAGAUUCUCCAAAUGAGUUGUCAUUCAGAUUCCAAGGUGCAAGAGUUAGAAUCACUCGAAGCAACUUGAAGAGUUCAUUAUGGACUUUAAAUGAGUAUAAGCGCAUCUUGAUGGAUAAUGAGGAUAAAGAAUUCAAUCAUCACCCAGAACCAGAAAAGGCUGCGUCACCUUAUAAUAAUGCCCAGUUAUCAAAGGUGAAAAUCUCUACAGAGGAUCUGGURUUGUCACUAGGUACCUCAGAGUUCCCUGAGAUUGCAGCUAUCAAUGUUUCUUUUGAUGUGACAGCCAACUAUUGGAUUGGAAAGUGUCACUGUAGUGGAACAGUAAGUCUUCAAGGUGUCUCAGUCAUUGAUGUUACGGCGGUUGAUCCUUGUAUCAUAAUUGGUAAUGAUCUCAUUACGGCAUCAUGGCGCUGCUCUUUUAAUACUAGUCAUGUUUAUAAACRAUGCUUGAUAUUUAAUGCCGAGUCCAAUGAAAUCCUCUGCUUGAUUGUACGACCAGACUAUUAUAAAGUUUUUACACAGCUCAAACAGGAGUACUCAUUCCUUACUGAAGAUAAAGGCAAAGCCAACCUGUCUCAACUUGGCGACUCAAUGAAACAAGCAAUGCAAGAAUACUGUCCCAGGGCUCAGAUAUCUUCCACAUUUGAAGGAGUUAAUUUAUGUUUUGAACUUGAUGUGUUUGAGAAGCUUGCAACCGGCACACUAGAAGAUAUUAUGCUUCAGUGCACUCAUGAUACUGAAAACCUUAGCUGUGACUUUACUGUGAAAGUUAUUGAGGUUGAAGACCACAUAAACAAUGUACUUGCACUACACAUAUCACCAACUGAUGGAGUACAACGGACAAGAUCCAUACAUGUUACUGCCAUUCAAGAAGCUACUACUGAAAAACGAAGUGUAUCAUUUCAGCAAAUUUAUGGCGAAUUAGCAGACUUYACCAUAACCAUUGAAGAAGAACUUUUACUGAAGCUCUUAGUGUUCUGCAGAAUUACAACUAAAAAUCAGCUCUGGGGAGAACAAGAUCAGAUCAAAAAAGAAUCAAGUUUAUCAGCCACUGACUCUGGCCAGUCUUCCUCAGCCACUGAUAAUGRUGUUUCAAUCUUCUUUGAGAGACUGGAAAUGAAUGCUUUYAACGUGGUGUGUUGUGUGUCCCCUAAGCAAGAACUGCCAGAAGACCUUAUACAAUUGAAAGAGAAUCUGGGUAUUCCUAAUGGCUUKCCUCCUUGCGUUGAAAAUGCCAGACUAGACUUUGAAAGUUUUCUACGUAGAGGCAUUUAUUACAGAUCUUUUGAUGGACUUGCUAGGGACCUCAAAAGACAUUACUUAAAGGAGGUUGGACGCCAGUCCGCUAAGAUACUAGGCUCGCUACAUCUUCUUGGUAACGUAACUGGACUCAGAGACAACAUUGCAGAGGGACUGGCAGAGCUUCGAGAGAAUGGAGACUACAUGGGAUUCGUCGGCCACGUGAGGAAUGGCCUGAGCGAGUCGUACUACAAGAUUGCCGAUUCGUGGUCUGCAUAUGUAAGAACGCCUACCAAAAUCCCGAAGUCGCUCGAAAACGCGACGCCAAAACCCGUAGAAGAACAAAAACUGGACAGAACACAACCAUUUUUACUGAGCAGUUUGUCAAGCAGUUUAGGUGGAUGGGUUUUUAGCCCUCAAAACAGUGRACCACAWCCUCAGAAUGAAUUAAAUUUGUCUGAACGACCUGUAUCACCCGAGAAUUCACACGUUUGUCACACCCCUCCGUGUGACAGGUCGUUGCGUGACUGUAACGCACAAGAAGAAGAUGCRCAAUCUUCGUUUAGCAUGUCUUGUAUAACUACACGUACAACCUGGGAAGCUACAUCUCAACAAACACAAAAACAGCAGAAGGGUCAAGAAUUCCUUAAAAGGCUAAAACAGAAUAUGUGUGACACAGAAACAGAGGAAGAAUUUAUUUGYUGUUUGAGACUGCGUUAUACUAAUCCAAAAGAUAAACUAAACGCUCUUAUCACAAGUAAAAAAAUUUACUUGAUGACUGUGGGCCUGCCGACCGUUGAUAACAUAGUUCUUGGUGUYUCACUUGAGAAACUCUUUGAGGCGAAGGAGAAAGACGAUGGUGAUGUGAAUUAUCUUGAGUUGGUAAUGCGUAUAGAUGGUAUGCAAAGACUGUCUCUACCCUCACCAAACCCUAAAGAUAACCCUUUAGUUCGCUGUGAUUCUAAGAACUUGGCAAUUAAGGCUGCUAAACGAAUCAACAAAGCAAAGAAGACGUUCUAUCCAACUGAUUAUUGCCCUUGCAGUGUGUUGCUGAACGGUGCGAAUUUUAGCUAACACCACCCAAAUAAAUUGGUAAUGACUGAAUAACGUAAGAAUUAUACAAUUUUAUAAAAAUUAUUUUCUUGCCCGACAAAAGUUGAGAUAUAUAAAUAAUAUAUGGGAAUAGUAAUUARUAUUAAUAUGUAUUUUUGCAGAAUAUUUCAGAAUCAGUGUUAUUUUGACUCAUUCCGACCGCCCUCAUUUAAUAUCGCAAACAAGCGUAUGGAAACAUUAUAUUUUACGUUAUAGUUUCACGCGCAUCUAGGCCCUUAUAACUCGGAAAAUGUCUGUAUUGAAGUGAGGCAGCACUCAAAAUUCAUAUAUUACGAGAUAUUAUUUAGUUAAUUUAAUUUAAGAUGUUGAGACARCGAUUGAACAGCAAUGAAAAAAAUAAUAUGAAUUAUGUAAUCUAUAACUAACUGAAAAAAGCUUUUGUAUUCAUGUACAGUUUGUAAAAAGAAUCAGAAAUACUGAAUUAAACCAAAAUAGUUUUGCUA